AUGGCGGGCUGGGUUUAUAAACCUCCGCGCCCUCAACACAUGAGUUUGGAGGCCACUUGUCUCUGCGAGCUGUCACGUAUGCACAUGCAGCGAGGUCCAACAGCCUUGGCAUCUCUACUUUUCACCCUGGAGGGCACAGGAGCACAAAGACAGCUCUUCAUCAUGAGGUCCUUCUUCCUGCUGCUCUUCACCCUGUUGCUGGUGUCUCACGGAUCUUCAGCAGUCAUCACGGGGGCCUGUGAGAAGGACUCUCAGUGUGGCGGGGGGAUGUGCUGUGCAGUGAGUUUGUGGAUUCGCAGCCUACGUAUGUGCACGCCCAUGGGACAGGAAGGAGACGAAUGUCACCCUAUGAGCCACACGGUCCCUUUCUUUGGGAAAAGACUCCACCACACCUGUCCCUGUCUCCCCAACCUGUCCUGCAUCACCAUAGAGGAGGGGAAAUCCAAAUGUGUCUCAACGUACAAGUAUCCAGACUACUACCUCUGA